AGUUGACAAGCUUAGUGACCAAAUUGGUAUUUAACAUUCAGUCCUCUGCCUUUCCAAUCGUCGCGUCUCCAAGUGGAUAAAGAUAAACCUCCCUUGCGUUAAACCGCUCAAAAACCUCCCGACCACCGGCGGUAGUAAUGUCCACAGUCACUGCCACGGCUGCCUUGUUCGCUGCAAAACCCUUCGCCAUUUCUGCGUCGUUUCCUUCCCUUUGCAAGCUUUCGAUUCCCUUCGUUUCGCACAAGUUUCUCUCCUCCGCUAAAGCUUCGUUCUUUCCCUUGCAAUUCCCUCGCUCUUCAUCUCCACUUCCCGGGUUAAUUUCGUGCAAAUCCUCCAUAAAGGAUGACCAAGAAGAAGUAGCUGAAGCAGACACUGAGGCGGGCCAGGAUUUUGAUGAGUCUGACGGAGAGGAUUACGAGUUUGACGUGGAUGAGCUCGAACAGGAAGCUAAAGUUGCAGUCAGGGAGUACUCGUCGUCCUUAUCCCGUGAAUUGAUAAUCGACGAUGAGGCUGAUACCAGAAAGGAAUCGAGGAAGCAGAGGAGGAAGAAGCUCACAGUUAAAGAGAUUCCAGAUCAUCUUCUCUCGAAGCUAGCCAUUGUUGGAAGACCGAAUGUUGGGAAAUCAGCAUUGUUUAACCGCCUUGUUGGGGAGAACAAGGCUAUUGUGGUGGAUGAACCUGGAGUUACUCGUGAUCGUCUCUACGGAAGAUCAUUUUGGGGUGAUCAUGAGUUCAUGGUGGUGGAUACCGGAGGGGUAAUCACUGUGUCGAAAUCAAAAAACGAGGUUAUGGAGGAACUUGCUAUCACAACGACCAUUGGCAUGGAAGGGAUUCCGCUUGCCUCUAGGGAAGCUGCGGUUGCCAGGAUGCCCUCAAUGAUCGAGAGACAAGCAACUGCUGCUGUGGAGGAAUCCUCUGCCAUUAUAUUCCUUGUUGAUGGACAGGCAGGCCUAACAGCAGCUGAUGUGGAGAUAGCAGAUUGGCUAAGAAAGCAUUACUCCCACAAGUUUGUGAUUCUUGCCGUCAAUAAGUGUGAAUCUCCGAAGAAAGGGAUCAUGCAAGUUUCAGACUUUUGGACAUUGGGCUUCUCACCCCUCCCUAUAUCGGCUUUAUCUGGAACUGGAACUGGGGAGCUCCUUGACCUUGUGUGUUCAGGACUAGCUAAAGCAGAGGUUUCAGAAGAUCUCCAUGAAGAACAAGAUGAAGAUUACGUUCCAGCAAUUUCAAUCGUUGGCCGGCCAAAUGUUGGGAAAAGCAGCAUUCUAAAUGCAUUGGUUGGUGAAGAUAGAACUAUAGUUAGCCCCAUCAGUGGAACUACACGUGAUGCCAUUGAUACUGAAUUUACAGGACCAGAUGGCCAGAAGUUUCGACUCAUCGAUACAGCUGGAAUCAGGAAAAGGGCCGCUGUGGCUUCUUCAGGUAGCACCACAGAGGCAUUAUCAGUGAACCGAGCAUUUCGAGCCAUUCGGCGUUCUGAUGUUGUUGCCCUUGUCAUUGAGGCCAUGGCAUGCAUCACAGAGCAGGAUUUUAAAAUAGCUGAAAGAAUUGAGAAGGAAGGUAAAGGCUGCCUGAUAGUUGUGAAUAAAUGGGACACCAUACCAAACAAAAACCAGCAGAGUGCAGUGUACUACGAACAAGACGUGCGAGAGAAACUCCGUAUACUUCAAUGGGCUCCCAUAGUUUAUGCCACUGCAAUUUCUGGCCACAGCGUUGACAGGGUAAUUGUUGCAGCUAGUGAAGUCGAAAAGGAGAGGUCGAGGAGGCUAAGUACAGCCACAUUGAAUCAAGUGGUACAGGAAGCACUGGCCUUUAAGUCGCCUCCAAGGACUCGAGGUGGUAAGAGAGGCCGUAUCUAUUACUGCACUCAGGCUGCAAUCAGGCCGCCCACAUUCGUGUUCUUCGUAAACGACGCAAACCUCUUCCCUGAGACUUAUCGAAGGUACAUGGAGAAGCAACUCCGCAAGGAUGCAGGAUUUCCAGGCACUCCAAUACGGUUACUGUGGCGCAACAGAAGGAAAAUGGGGAAAAUGGAUGGUGGUGGUGGCAAAGGAUCAGGAGGAAGAGCACAACUGAGCCUGAAAUCUCGUGGGAGAAAGUUGGCACUAACUUCAUGAAAAAAGAGUCUGCCCAAGAGUGUUGGCUGCCUCAGUAGGACUGAUGGGGGACCUGCUGCAAAUUGCAAUAUGCUUGUACAGGGAAGCUGCUAGAUAAUGAUAACAAUCAUAAUUGUUGUUUAUGUCCAAUGAUCGUUCUUCAUUGAUGAAUGUGAUUAAUGGUGGUUGCAUAUUCAUACUUCAUAAAUCUUAUUACUUAACCAUUAGUACCAAAAGUUUAUCCAG